AUUCGAAUUCUCGAUCCUAAUGGAAAGACUACAUGGAACUGGACCGCCAGCCGCGAUCUGGAAAAGGGCUUCUUCCCCCAUCAACUCGGGAACUGCACCAUCCACAACUCCGGCCGAACAGACGCCAAGCAGUCCGAGGACGGCAGUCUGAUUGCCGCCAUAUACGGCGACGCCAUCGUCGCCAUCAGAUACGCCCCCGACGAUCCAAAGACUGACAAGAGCGUCACUUGGGGAAUCUGCACAAACACUUCUCUAUUGAGAAGCUCGCACUCUCUAGAGUUCCUCCCGGAUAAUCUCCUUGCGGUGGCGACUUCUGGACAGAGCCAAGACGACGGCAUCGUGGUCUACAACAUGAGUCUGGGACUCUCGCCCGACCCGACGCCGAUCCAGCACAUCCCGCAUCUACCAGACGCUCACGCUCUAGUAUGGGAAGAGAAGACGCAGAUCCUGUGGGCAGCAGGAAUGAACUCUUCCAUCGACGGCAAGGCUGCUGCCUCGGGCCUCAUCAACGGCUAUCGCUACCAACAUCCCUCGUCAAACAGCCUUCCCCUACAACAAACCCCCGUCUCCCAACAUCAUCUUCCCGAUUCCUCCACAACAUACACCGAAUGGAGUGACAAUCCAUCGCUAAGAGACGAAUGGGACGCACCGCACGACUUGAUCCUCAUCCCCAGCCAAAACACAUUCCUCAUCCCCACAGACCUCGACAUCCACGCCCUAAACAUGUCGUCUGGGGAAUUCAUCUCCGGCCAGCAAGUAGUAGAUACAUACCUGAAAGGCUUCUCCCCCGUCGAUCGCCGUUCAGGAAAGAAUCGAAAAGGCGACGUCGAGGAACUUCCCCGGUCGGAUAUCAAGAGCGUCAUCUUUGGCCCAGAUGGCACGGCUGUUUAUGUACAGGCCCAGUGGACGACUUUCUUCGCCGACAAACUCAAUUUUCUGGUAAAAGCAGAGAGGAAACAAUUGGAUUUGCGCGGCACGAUUUAUCGGGCACGGUAUUUU